UCCGUUGUUGUAGACGCUAUUGAAAGCAAUUAAAGAAACUUUGGUAGAUAUUUAUCCACGGUAUUAUCAUACGUUAUAUUGACAUCCAGAUCUAGAUAUCAUUUUUUAAAAUGAUGUCUAAAAAAGUUUUUGACAAAAAUUCCACAGAUUCAUCUAGUGUGACACUUACAGCAGUAGCACUUCAAGAUCAUUGGUCACGUACUUUAGCAUUGGGUUUACAUAAUGGGCGUAAAAAAAUUGGUUCAGGUCCUGCAGCUCGUGCAAAGCAGAAAGUUGAAAUCAAAGCUAUUGUGGAUACAGGACUACAUAAAACCAAGAAAGUAAGCAAAAAAGAAACCAAUGAAGAAAAAGAAUAUGUUUUGGAUGAGAAGCCUCCUCCUCUAACUCUGGCACAGAAAUAUGGACUUGUCAAUGCACCAAAGCAGCUGCUGUCAGAGCAAGAAUGGAAGACAAUUAAAGCCAAGUCUAAUGGUCGUGAUGACUCUAAUGAACCUUGUGUUAUUUGUAAAGAAGACUUUGGUCUACAGGAACAAGUUCUUUUGUCUUGCACUCAUGUAUUUCAUAAAGCUUGUUUACAAGCUUUUGAAAGAUUCACUGGGAAGAAAACUUGCCCAAUGUGUCGUCAUGAACAAUAUCAAACCAGAGUAAUCCAUGAAGGAUCAAGACUUCACAAACACAAGAGUGCUACCAAGAUCCAAUCUUUGUGGCGAGGUUAUGUUGUCAGAUCAUGGUAUAAAAAGCUUCGUGAAACUGUCCCACCAAAAGAUCCAAUGCUCAGAAAGAAAUUCUAUGAAGAAAAGCUUACUGCCAUAGUAGACAGAAUGAUAAAUUCUAUAGAUGUCAACAUGUCAGAGUUUUUACAAGAGAUUGAUAGCAGUGUUCAACAAAGCAAAGCUGCUUUCAGCAUGUGGGAUGCUGCCCAUGUGGACAUCACUUCCGAACAGUGGGAUGUAAUACAACUAAAGGCUGUAGAGAGAGGUGAAACAGACUGCCCAAUAUGUCUGACAGAACUUCAGUUGAGUAUGGACUGUUCUGAUCAAGGGGAGACCACUAAUGCAAAUUCUGAUCUCAUGCACAAUAAUGCUAACACCACUAUGAACUCAUCUAAGCACCAGCCUUUGUCCCACAAUAAAAAACAACAAGACAGAGAACUGUUGAAAGAGCUAAGCAAGAGGGCCAUUCCUGCUGGGACAGAUCUGGCAUUCUUGAGAGACUCUGGGAAAGAAAGUGAGCUCAAAGUGAAAAAGUCUAAUGUAAAUGUGGCAGGCGGUGAGAGAGGUGCUGUAAACGCACGGCCAACAAGGAGCACAGUGCUACUGUCUUGUUCCCAUGUAUUUCACAGCACUUGCUUAAAAACUUUAGAGGAGAUAGCAAUGCUUAACAUCAAUACUUGCCCAGUGUGCAGGGCUCAUUAUCAAAAGAAAAUCUUGGUGUUUUAAUAAAUGUCUAGUUUGCUUUAGUUUAAAUAAUAAUAAUUUGAUGAAAAUAAAAUUCUUGCCUAAUAAACACUUAAAUAACAUAUAUUUAAAAAAUCCAAUUCAACAUAGAAGAUAACAGUGAAUUGAGUAUGAAACAUUUUUUGCUAUUAAAAAAAAUCUGAAUCUAAUUGCAUUUGAUGUACAAUAAUAAAGCAAGUGUAUUUAUUAGCGACCAUCAAAAGGGGAAUAGACACUAUUAGUUUUGUGUGGUCUGUCUGUCCGUCCAUCCUGUUUAGAUCUUGUAAACUAGAAAAGAUAUUAAAAAUCCAACAUCGUGUUAUUUUAGACUAUUCAAAGUUCUGAGGCAACAGCUACUUUUUUCUUUUCUGAAAGGGAAAAAUGUAAUUUUUAAAAUUAACUAUGCAAGCAUUUUUUUCUUAAAAAUACACCAUUUUUACAACUGAGACUAUUAGUAAGGGAGAUUACUAUCUACCAUAUUUUUAACACAUUCAUUCAAACGGUUUAAAAUGUUGUGUAAAAAAUAUUUAUUUUUUUAAAUUGUAUUACUAAGUUUAGUAAUCUUAGUGAUACAAAUUACUAAAUUUACAAAAAAAAUUUACUUUCUUUUUUUAAAGAGAAAAAAAUAUAUUUAGUAUGCAUACUAGUGAAAUUUAAUUUAAAACAACAAUUAAUAAGCAGUGUUUCAUAUUAUAAACGUGAACUAUGAUGCAACACCAUAUAUCUAGAACACCUAAAGGGAAAAGUUUUUUGUUUUUUUAAGAGAAGUGUUAUAUUUGUUGAGGCUUUGAAUGAGAGAUUGGCCCUUUACAAAACAGUUAGAUCAAUUAGAAUAUAUUUCAAUAACAUCAGUUAGGCCAGGUUAACAUUUAACUUCACCUUCACAAGAUCUGUCUAUCUUCUUUCUCCAUUCCUCUGUCUUUUGCUUUUGAUAGAAUUUCAUUCACUGUCAGGUAAUUGAUAGUUUGUAUUUCAUAGUUUCUGAUAUUCUUUUUGAAAAUAUUGAAACCUGCCUUUUUAUCUACCUGAGCGGACCACUUUGGGGUCCGAUUUCGAGUUUGUGUUUCCACACAAACUGUCUUUGUAACCUUGUUUUAUUUUUAGAUUUUUAUUAUUGAAAAAAAAAAAAGCAUUAUGGUUGUAAACAUUAUUCAAGACUGUUGUUUUGUUAACUGUAAUUUUUUUGGUCAAGUUUGCGCUGCACGGUGGCAACGUGCAAUUUGUGCUUUCAAUUUGAAUUCUAAUAUUGUUGAUGGAUGUAUUUUGGAUGUUCAUUAGUUAACUUUUGAGUGAAUCUGGUGUGAAUGUAUCUUUAGUUUUCUAUAGUCAUAAUUUUUCUUGUUUGGUGUAAUUCACAAAUUUUAAAAGAAAUUUCCUUAGGGUAAUAAAGAUUAUUAUUAUUUAAUAAAUAUAAUAUCUUUUAUAUUUUAAAGUAAAAAUAAACAUGUCUCCACAUGAUCUUAUACAUUUAGAAGCUGUAAAUUGAUAAACUGAGAUUACUUAAGAUUGGUGAACUUUGUACUCAGGUUUGGAGAAUUCUCAGUAGUGCACACAUGUUUGUAGAAAUAUUUGUAAAAUGUUUUAUGUUUCGGAUGUUCCUUCAGAGUUGAAGAUAAUUUACUUCCUAGUCCAAGCCUCCAGCAGGAAGGGUAUGAACCCGGGACAAUAGAUAAGUCUGAACGACAGUCCAGCGCACAUACCGCACGACCAGGCAGCCAUCCACAAGAGUAGGGGUGGUUAGUCACUGCACUAGUCACUCAUAGCAUGACAUAAUUAAUAAAGAGAUGCAAUCAAGUGUAGUGCAAAUAUAUUUCUUUUUAUUGUCAA